CCUCCUCCCGCUCUCCGGCUCCUCCUCCUCGGUGUGCUUCAGAGUCAGUCUUCGGCGCAGCGUCAACCAGGAGCCGCGUGAGAGCCGACGUCUCCCCGCCGGAGAAACCGAGUCGCGUGGAUGUACCGAGAGUUUUCCCGGUGACGUCGCGUGGACGGAGGGAAGCCGGGGCUCCUCGGAGGAGCUGAGUCCUCAAGCACAUGAGGAGAACCGACCGGUGAACUGCUCAACCCCACCUCCGCUCCUCCACGCCUUCCCUUCAUCCCUUUUCCGCACUGGCUCCUGUUCCCCAGAGGGCAGAGCUAAGUAUGGGGUAAAAGAGCCGAGAGGAGACGCAAAGACGAGUCAAGCUGAGGAGGCCGGCUCACCUGCACAGAUUUCUGUCGGUUGGAUCCCAGAGAGGCCGUGCUCGAGAUCAGGGAAUUUCUGAAGGGGGAAAAAAAAGCAAAGAGAAGGGAGUGUGACCCAAGAGCCUGGCAGGUGUACGAAACCUGGAGAUGUAGAGCCGAGGCUAUUUUAAAGGUGGGUGCAGGAUCAUGGCGAUGCAGCGGAGGAGGCUGAAGCUUGUGGUGACAGUCAUGACGAUCAACCUCUUCAUUUUUAUCCUCAUUGUCCGACACAGCGGUCAGGACAAAAACGGGAAUCCCAAGGUGCGCAUCCCCUCUGAGCCCUUCUGGAGCAAACUGGCUCCCGUCCCGGCUUACUGGAACCGCCAGCAGCAGAUCCUGGACUUCCAGAACAAUCCCAUCUUAGCGUCUGACUACAACGCCACAGAACUGCAUGAUUGGCUCACUGAGACCGGUCUCCCCUCUGACCCCUGCAGGCAGAACAUCAGGGUCACCACUCAGGUGAAAGACUACAACUCCCUGCCAGACCGCUUCAAGGACUUUCUGCUUUACAUGCACUGUCGCUCCUACCCGACGAUGGUGGACCAGCCAAAUAUCUGUAAGAAGCCGCCGUUCCUGCUCCUAGCUAUUAAAUCCCAGGUAUCGCACUUUGACCGCCGCCAGGCUAUCCGUCAAUCCUGGGGACGGGCAGGUGUUGUAGCCAAUCAGACGGUGGUUACUGUCUUCCUUCUGGGCAAUGCCACAGCCUGGGACCACCACCCAGAUCUAUCCCACAGCCUGAGGGACGAGAGCGCCCGCCAUCGAGACAUCAUCCAGUGGGAUUACCGGGAUUCAUUCUUUAAUUUAACCGUCAAAGAAGUUUUGUUCCUGGAAUGGAUCCAGGCUCGUUGCCCCGCGGCUCGCUUCAUCUUCAAAGGAGACGACGACGUCUUUGUCAACACCUACCGCAUCCUGGACUUCCUCAAGGGCCUCUCGGAGCCCAAAGCCAGGGACCUGUUUGUGGGUGAUGUGAUCACUGAGGCAGGGCCACACAGAGACAAGAAAGUCAAAUACUUCAUCCCAGAGAGCAUGUACAUUGGGAAGUAUCCGCCAUACGCAGGGGGGGGAGGGUACCUUUACUCGGGUGACGUCGCUGCCCGUCUUCACGUCGUGUCACACAGAGUCCCGCUCUACCCAAUAGAUGAUGUCUACACAGGCAUGUGUCUUAAAAAAAUAGGGCUGGGCCCCGAGAAACACAAAGGCUUCAGGACAUUUGACAUAGAAGAGAAGUACAGGGCGAACCCCUGUGCCUACAAGAGUUUAAUCCUCGUUCACCCAAGGACGCCGCAGCAGAUGAUCGAGAUCUGGACCUGGCUCAGUAGCCCGGAUCUGAACUGCCAGUGACGACUCCACCACAGUCAGUUUGGGACGGACUGAAAUGGACCCAGAGAAGAAGACAUUUUGGGGUUGUUCUCAAAACGUCCAAGUGAUAAACGUUUUAUCUUGAACGGAGCCGUGGACUACAAGUUGGCAGCUUUAAGUUAAGAUAUUAAAAAUAAUGGAUAUUUGGAUCCUCAGCUUGGUGCAGUUGAUGCAUCACACUCUGAAAACGAGGACAGAUGGAUUGUUGGCUCCGGUUCUCAAAAGGACCACCGUAGUAUUUUGGCUUGAUGUCAGACUUCAAUAGAAAAGCGAAUCCUGCUUUACUGUGUCAAACUAGCUUUACCCCAAAGCGUCCGUGUCUGGCUACGCGUGCACAUAUUUAUAUUUCACAACUAUUUAUAUGGCCUUUAAAAUGCUUUAACACUGUCGGCUCCACGAUGGAGCGUCUCAAUGCUGUAUUAUAUAAAUAUGGAGACUAAAGCCUGGGACGUGUCCACCUGGGAUUCUUUGUUCUUUGCCCAAGGUGAGAAGUCUCAAAAGAGUGGGUGGUACAACCAGUGGUUCCCAUACGCUGCAGUUUAUUGCUGCGAGCUUUAAAGGGGCUUCCUGGUCAACACAUCCUGGUAAUUGUUGCUGGAGGCUUAGUUUGUGCUGCUAUUCCGAACCACACUCCCUAAAGUAUUUACUUGUGACUCGCUCCAACUCAAACUCAACCGUUCUCUCUCUUUUAUUCUCUGUUUGCUAAUUUAAAAAUCAUUCAGUUUCUCAAAGUUCUUCUCUCUGAUUCCUAUAAAUGGUGCUUUUUUUUCUGUUUUUUUUUUGUUUUUUUUAGAUGUGUAAUGUAAAAAGUUCAAAUCCUUCCACAGUUUAGAAAAGGGGAGUUUGGUGGAGUGAACACACUUGUGUUUUCAGGAAAUGAGGGGGACAGGAGUCCAGCACUGUGCAGCUCAGCAGGUCUGGGCUUGGCUUGACAUGGAUGGAGAAAUCUGUCCAACUCUGCUUCAGGCUCUCACUUCACUCAAAAUGAAAAAAAAGACCCAAAAAAUAAAGAGACUCUUUUAAACCCAAAGUGCAUUUUCAGAGAGAUGUCGAAACACUUCAGGCUCGAGCUUCUGUCUGAACUUGAAUGUUGUUAAAAGUUGUGUUGCUUUGACGUCAGAGAGCGAAAAAAAAAUCAUGAAAACAUAUCGAAGCUACACAACUUUCAUUACUCGACAAAUCGGCACUGAUCAUUUUAAAGGCUUCAUCUCGUAAUUCCUUUCCUUAGUAGAUUUAUUUGUAUCACACCCUUCGAAAGCUUACGAUAUGUUCAGACAUAUUUUGAGAUGUUUUACCCCUGAAAGUUUUAACCCGGUGAAUGAAACUCUCUGUUUUAGUUGUUGCUCGGCUCAGAGAUGCUUUACCUCACACGCUGUCUUUCACUCGCUCUCCAGGAGAAUCUCUGCAGACAUUUACUUUCCUUGUUAUGUAACGUUCCUUUCACAGCUUUGUGUGAGACACAGUCAGACACUUGACACAUAGAUGCACCUUUGUGAUAAUUCAUGUGUCUGAGAGGAGGAGGAGAACGAGGAGGAGGAGGAGGAGGAGAUGCUCUCUUUGUUUUCUCUCCUUGAAUGUCGGGUUAAAGCUCUGAUUCUCUUCUGUGGCUUCACGUCAGCGUGUGGAUGUUCUUCAGCGUUUGUACCCAGAAUGUCAACACUUAGAAUAAGUGGCAUAAGUGUUGGAUUGAGUCUCAUGUUCCCUGAACCUUGUUGUUCAAACAUCUGAUGUGAGAGAGAGAGAGGCUGUGUUCUUACGCCUCUGUUAGAGCUCCCCCUGCUGGUUAUAGCCUCCUACACUGGCAACUCCUUGACUUUAAUAUAAAACCUAAUUUAUUUUAGUUUUUUUCACCAUCUGUUCAUUAUCUCGGCCCCUAACUCUUCAAAUACCCUCGAUAAGAAAUGUACAUUUCCUGUUUAUUUGUAAUUUGACAUUUGAAAUGUUUACAUGUUAUUAAAAGUCAUCAUCGUUUAUUUUUAUAAUUUCUACGUCUGUCUGAUGAUUGGCUGUUUGUUUGAUUUCUGUUCACCAGGCUGAUAUGCAACUUCUUGGUGGUUUGACUGUUUUUUAAGGCCUUUUUCUUUAUGAAACACAGGAGCUGUGUGUGUGUGUGUCGACCGUCAGUGUUUCUUUGGUCUCGUUUCCCAGAAUGUGUCGUUCUCUGACCUCUUUGUGUUGGUGUGACCCAGUGGGUACAGAAGAAAAAAAACAAGGGGCAUUUAUGCAUCAACAAGACAGGAAAAUUAAAAUGUAAUAAAAAUGAACUCUGGGAAAAUGAUCCACUUAAAAUGAAAACAUAUCAAUGUGAUAAAGAUUGAAUGUUCAGAAACCUUUAAAAUUCACUAACAACUUGAUGCUUCAGCGACUUUGACUGUUAACUCACAGGAUUUGGAUAAUUUCACAUCACUCAUUUCUAAUAUUUGCUGCAUCACCCCACUGUUAACACGUUUCUCCUGAAUCCUGUGGUUAUUGUUCAACAGCAGCUGCAACGGUCAGUGAUAAAAACCAAAUCUGUGCCUGAUGUUUGUACGUACUGUAUCUGUAAGAGUAUACUUCAGCCAUUUAAGCGUGAUCGCUUUUUUUAUUACCUAGAAAGACUUGAUUGUUUGAAUAAAGUUAUAUUUCGCUGUUUUUGUAUAUACUGAACUAUGCAUUUUUAUUGUUAAACAAAUAAAUUAUGUGGCACAAGUA